AUGAGAGCCCGUGUCUACUGUGAAGACUUUCUGUUCCCAAGGGUGCGCAGGACUGUGGCAGACCUAUGGUCAGUUUACUCCAAGCCUGUCCCAGCAAAUGGCAGAGAGGUGUGGACCUUGUUUCUGCAGUGUUCCUGCAUUACAGCAGUGAUAGGAGGCCUCUUUUAUAACUGGAUGUUUGCUUCCCUGGAGUACUCCUGGCAUCUCUCCAUUGCAAUGGCCAUCUCCUUCAGUCUGCUCCUUCUCCUGACCCUUUUUUUGGUGCAUCCUGCACGUUGUGUCUUCAGCAUCAUCAUGCCUACGUUAGGUACCAAACAAGGCCGGAAGCUUCUCUUGUCAACCUGCGUUAUGAUAGUAGUGGUUAACAUAACACCCAACAUCAUAAGCAACAUUAAGACCAUAUUGCAAGUUAUUAAGUGCAUCUGCAAGAAUUCCUCUGAGAGUCUUUUGAACUCAACUGCUCUGCUAGAGACAGUUACCUCGGAGUUUGGGGAUGCAAUCCAAGAAACAGUUCAUUCCAUUAAUAUCUAUAAGCCUAUGAAUGGACAUUUUCAGUUUUCAUUGCUUAAGAACAGCUCCUUGAUUUACCAAAAAAUGCAUCUUGCUGGUGAGAAAAUUGGGAGGGACUUUUUGGCUGUUGAGUUACUGGUCAAAGAUGCUGUACGAGUAGGCAACAAGGUGGUUGCUGGCUUCUCCAUGCUCUAUCUCUGUUUUGAGUCCGCCUGCUAUUUGAAAAAUUAUCUCACCAACCUCCACUUUGACAAUUUUUACAUCACCAAGAAGCUGGAACAUUUAGCUGUGGACAGAAAAGCAGCUCAUCUGCUGGUGAGCUCAUCCAAAACCCUCAUUCGACCAACAGGCUUGAAACUGUCCCGGGAAGAAGUGAUGCUGUGCCUUGUGCAAGCCGUGCUCCUCACUGUGGCCCUGAUGCUGAUGCUGGUGGUCGUGGCCAUGGACCACUUCGCAUUCAGCAUUGGAGACACUGCAGUGAGAAAGGCAUCUCAGUUCUCUGUGGUGCCUGUUGCUCUUAGCAUCAAAUACAGUGCUAAAAUAGGAUUCGUGCCCUUUCUUUCAAAAAUUCCAGGCAUUCCUUACCAAGAAACACCACUUCAGGACUUUGAAAGAAGCUACCACCAUUACCUGAUCUUCAGCUCUGCCCAUUGCAGGAUCAGCCCCCCAACACCUCCCAACACCUCUGUGCUGAUCGUCAUGGGGCUGCUCUUCUGCAUCCUCUACACCACCAUAUUCCUGGAAACCUACGCGCGUCGCCUGUGCAGAACAAUUGUAGCCUCCUUCUUUGAGAGCUGGGAGGAGAAGCGGGUGCUUCACCUCUACAAGAAGCUGUGCAGGAAGCACCAGGAGGACCAAAACUGUGAGAGAAACUAA